AAACUGCUACUUGCAAGCCAUUCAGUUGACUCGGUCGUGGAAUCAUGGGAUGUUUCCGUUGAGUCGGUUGAGUGUACAUUGGUGUACAUUUGUAAAACUGUACUCUUGGAGGUCUUGGAUAGGUUAGGAGAGUCAAAUGCUAUGACUUUAAACGUGAAUGUACACAGGCGUAUUCGGCGAGAAUAGAGAAGGACCGAGCUUGAUUUAUAUUUAGCUUUACAUAUCAAUAUAGCACAGCGCGUAGAAUCCCGAUAGAAUCCGGGAAGAACUAAGACACGAAAGCGUGAAAAUGUCAGACCCAGAACUCGAAGCGUUGCGACAGCAACGUCUGGCUCAAUUGCAGGCUCAGUACAAGGGUAACAAUGCCAACGAUAAACAAGCGAUGGAAGAAAGGAUGCAACAAAUGGAAGAGAUGAAGCAUGUUAUAUUGACCCAAGUGUUGGAUCAGUCAGCUAGAGCCAGACUAAAUACACUCUGCCUUGGAAAGCCUGAGAAGGGCAAAAUGGUAGAGGAGAUGCUUCUGAACAUGGCACAGCGUGGACAAUUACCUGGCAAACUUGGAGAGAAGCAACUGAUCGACUUACUCGAAAAUGUGAAUCAACAGACGCAAAGGAAGACGACGGUCAAAUUCGAUAGAAGAAGAGCAGCUAUGGAUUUUGACGACGAUAUGGAUUUAUAGCAGUUGUACAAGUUUUACAUUCGGGAUUGUCUAAAUUAAACACGUUGCUCGUGGUUCACACUUGCAGUAAGUUACAAAAAUUACAAUAUCCACUAUUCUUUGCUUAGUUAUGUUAUUUUUACGCUGUUUUGAAAUAAAAAAAGAAGUAACCAACACCAACGGAAUGAAUUUUGAUAAUUGAACGUAAGGAUUGAUCGUCAUCAUCGCUUACCUUCCAAUUAAAUAUAUUUGUAACAGCAGUAACCUAAUGUCCUAGAUGAAAUAUAGGUGUCUGAAACGGAA